CUUGGUGUGGCAGGAGUAGAGAUAACGUGGUGCCUGUCCUGCUCCUCUCGCAGUAGCGCGCACACUUUCUCCAGUGCAUCGGAUACUAUGCACUAACAUGUCCCUCACUGGGCUCUCACCGCUUACCUCAUUCUCUAUACAGGAUAUCCUUGCGCGGACCUGUCCGGACUGCACGGGGGGCAAUACUGGCAAAGAGAAGAGAACUGAUGGGAAUAGUAUCACUCCGCCGCACUCUCCCGGCGCUGAUGAUGGGCAGGUGGAGAACCCGCCAAUGAGUCCGGAGAAAGAGAAAACGGACACGGACUCGGGGACAGAGGACUUCCCUUGGGAGCGGGACACUGAAGCAUCCGCCAAUGGUGCUUUUCCAGAUCCUUCUGGAGACAGGCUGGGAGACAGCCCCAAGUCCAGUAAGAAAAGGUCCCGGGCUGCCUUUUCUCAUGCUCAGGUUUAUGAACUGGAGAGGAGGUUCAGCCUUCAGCGUUAUCUCUCUGGGCCUGAAAGGGCAGACCUGGCAGCUGCCCUCAAACUCACAGAGACCCAAGUAAAGAUUUGGUUUCAGAACCGGAGGUACAAGACCAAGAGGAAGCUGAUUGCCAGCCAGACAGCACCAAAGUCCUCUCUUGUCCCAGCCAGAAAGGUGGCAGUCAGGGUGCUGGUAAAGGAUGACCAGAGACAAUAUUGCCCUGACGAUAUGCUGAGCCCAUCCCUUCUCUCUCUAUACCAUGCAUACCAGUAUUACCCAUACAUGUACUGUCUGCCAGCCUGGGUACCCCACCUCCCACUUUGAGGACUCCUAUACCCCCUGAUUCUGGGCCACUGUGAGACUCAAGCCAUGUCACUAUAGCUGGCUCUCCUUGUACUGAGCCUAGCAUGAAAGGCACUUAUUGGGAUUAUAUGUGAAAAAUACACCUACCUACCUACCUACUGUUCACUUCAUAAAUCUCAUUCAUCCUGGUUAAGUUGUUUCAGUGCCACACUGUAAAGCAGCAGAUCUACAGCUCAAACGGAUUAUUCCACUUAUUAUAAGCACCCCAUACCCUGUGUAAGUUGCUUCACACUUAUAUAUAUAUAUAUAUAUCUAUGUGUGUGUAAAAAUAUUAAAAAAAAACCAAAUAUACACAUAAACACACAUACAUAGAUAAAUGAGAAUAAAUGUUAAUGAGUCUUUGUACAUAUAGCUGAGUGUGUUAAUCUACAUACAUAUAUAUAAAGGUGUGAAUUCAUAUGUGUAAAGAUUUAUUUUUUGCCUGCCCUGUAUAUUCCUCGUAAUUUAUUCAGUUUGGGCAAAGACAAUAUACAGAGAAGAUUAAUACAUCGCUGUAUGAAAGCUGUGUGUACAUACUUGUGAAUUUUUUUCUAAAUUAGAAAAUAAAUUAUAAUUCAUGUUUUUUUAA